AUGGAUCCUGGAGUCUCAGAGCUGGACUCGGACCCUCAGAACCAGGACCCAGAGGUGGACCCGGUGCUCCUCUGGGCCCCCAGCGGGAGGCGUCUGAUCUCCGGUCUGCUGGGUCUGAACCUGGUGCUGCUGGGAGCCGCUCUGGUGGCCGGAGAAGCCUUCAACCCGGAGGGCCUGAAGCAUGAGGAGCCGGAGGUGUUCCUGCUGGUUCUGAUGGGGUCCAGUCUGGUCUGGAUGCUCUGGUACCUGCUGUGGGCCCGGAAGCAGCCCGGCAUCUGCCCCCACAAGGACCACCACGCCGGGGGUACCACAGUCAUCGUGGUUCUGGUUCUGUUUGCUGCCUUCAGUCUGCUGCUGUACGUCUGCAGAGUCGGGUAUCUGAUGAGCGUCAGGGAGUGCAAACCUGCUGCUACUCUCAUCUCUCCAUUCAUAGAAGCGCCGUUUCUCGCUCUGCAGACGUAUUUGCUUUGGGCUCACUCCAAAGACUGCAUUCACAAACACAAAAUCGUCACCAGGUCGGGGUUGAUGGUGAUCCUGUCGGCCGACCUGCUGCUGUGGUUGAACGCUGUGACUGAGGACUCUAUCCAUGUGGAGAUCGAGCUAGAAAAACAAGACAAUCUCGAGUUCAGCAACAAAAUCUCCCUUGAUGAUGACAACUUUGAUUUAGCAGGAAACUCGUCGUGUCAGUGCAAUGACAGCGCCGCCUGCCUCGCCUUCAGGAAAGGCUUCGAGAUUCUUUAUCCCUUCAACAUCGAGUUCUACCUGAUGGCCGGCUGCAUGAUCUACGUGGUCUGGAAGAACGUUGGCCGCAGGACGAGUCCGGACCACCACCACGCUGAUGAGAAGUUCAGCCUCCAAGUCCUCUUCAAGGGCGGGAUCAUAUUCGGCCUGGUGUUUGGCGGCCUGGUCCUGAUCGCAGGAAUCGUCAUCUUCGUUCUCUACCAGAUCUGGGUGAGUGACACGGAGAGUCGCCUCACCGCCUUCCUCGUCUUCUACGGCUACCAUCUGGCCAUCAUGCCCAUCAUGUCGCUCUGCUCGCUGGCCGGGGUGCUGGUCCACCGGCUGGAGAGAAGAGCCCACGAAGGAGGCCACAACCCGACCAGAAGCCUGGACGUGAUGCUGCUGGUGGCGGCGGCUCUCGGCCAGCUCGCCCUGUCCUACUUCUCCCUGGUGGCGGCCAUCGCUGUGGGCACCCAGGGGCCUCUGGGGGACCUGGACCUGUCCUACUCCAUCCUCAGCCUGCUGGAGCUCAUCCUCCAGAACAUCUUUAUCAUCGAGGGCCUCCACCGGCACCCGAGCCUGGUCACCAAGAAGAAGCAGAAGCAGUGGAGCGGCAUCUUUAAGUCAAAGAAAAAGCUUGCUCAAGAAGAGAAGAAGACAGAUAUUUCUCUGCUGGAAGGAAACACGUCAGCGCCACCUGCUGCCCAGGAGCAUGAUGGGAAAAAAGCCUGGAUCAAAAGAGCCACACAGGAGAUCUGCGCUUUCCUCAUCCUCUCUAACAUCAUGCUCUGGGUGAUUCCAGCCUUUGGAGUUCAUCCACAGUUCGAGAACGGUUUGGGGAAGCAGUUCUUCGGCUUCGGUCCCUGGUUCGUUCUGGUGAAUCUGGGUCAGCCGCUGGGAGUUUUCUACAGGAUGCACUCAGUGGCAGCUUUAAUGGAGCUGCUCAUCUCUGCAUGACGACCACCUGGUACCAACUAAAUCAUGUUAAAGUGGACCAACCCAUGCAGGAAAUACCAGCAGCCCACGUUUACACCACAUCAUCUGGUUGAUCAAUCACACAUUCAUUAAGACUUGAAUAUGAUGAGGCCUUGAAGUGUUUGGGCCGGACUGUCUCAGAGUACGUUACAUGUUUGAGAGAUUUUUAUAGCAGUCAAGAUGGUUGAACUACAGGAGGUUCACUAGGAAAUAAAGCAACUUUUGCUUGAUUGAUAGAAUGAGGCCAGAAUCAGUAGAUAAUGUGAUCAAGUAGGAGAAUUUUUUAUUAUUUUGAGUAAUAACGUUCUAGCAGAUAGGUAAAAUAUAUUGAUAUUUAAUGUGUGAUGUUAUAAAAAUCUAAACCAAAGUGGUGCUACUUGUGUAAAAUGCAAAAAGGUUUUAGAUUCCAAAAUCUUGCUCUGAACUCAACAUUUUCGGGACGAACUGGAAUGCAGGUUCAACAUCUGCUGCAAAGACUGAAACCAGCGGAGUGGAGGCUGUUACAGCUGCAGAAUGAAGCCAACACUGUUGCAAUGACAUGUUCAGUUAUUACAGAUAAAUAUAUGUAGGUGUCCACGCUGCAAAGUGUUUUUACUAACACACACAGAACUCAUAGAACUAUCGAAUACCGUGUGAAGGUUUCUAGAGUAUUCUGGCAAAAUCCUCAGAAACAAGAACAAGGAUUCCUGCAGCAGAUGAUCUGAACUCAACAGAGUUCUGAUCUCAGCAUCAUGGAGACAGUCUGGCUCACAUGAAGAGAUACAGAGAAAGACCAAAUCCAUAGAAAAACUGGGAUGAGCCUCCAAGAUCCUCUAAAGUCAGCUUCAAACCAAGUCCUACACUAAGUCAGAAAUCAGUCCAAAACCAAGUCAAAGAGUUUGAAACCAAAUCCAAAAACGGUUUUACAAAAUAACAAUUCAAAACCAAGUUGGAAAAGCGUCUGAAAUCAAUUCCAAAACCAAUCCAAACCAGUAUAAAACCAGCUCCAGAACUCAUACAAAACCAUUACAAAACUAAGUCUGAAACAGGUCUUAAAAUCAGGUACCAAACAUUCCAAAAAAACUAAUGCAAAUACAACUCUAAAACCAGUCCAAAAUCAACUCCAGAACCAAUCAAAAGCUGAGUACAAAACUAAGUCCAGAGCCAGUCCAAGACCAUGCCAAAAACCUGUCCAAAGAUCAGUCUCAAGCUAGUCUACAACCAAGUCCAAAACAAAAUUUCAAAAACUAAUCCAGAACUGGUCCAAACCCAAGUCUGAAAUGACUUAGAAAGCAAGUCCAAACCCAAGUCUGAAAAGACUUAGAAAGCAAGUCCAAAUCCAAGUCUGAAACAAGUCCCAAACUAUUUCAAAACAAGUUCAACAACCAGUCCAAAACUAAGUCCAGAACUGGUCCAAAACCAGGUACCACUCUGGUCUAAAACCAAGGAAAAAAAAACCAAGCCUGAAAAGGCUUUGGAAGCUAGUCCAAAUUCAAGUCCAAAAAUAAGUCCCAUACCAUUUCAAAACCCUUUAAAACCAGUCCAAAACCAGUCUGAAACUGGGUGCCAGACCAGUCCAAAAUCAAGUCCAGAACUAGUCCAAAACCAAGUGCCUAUCUGUGCUCAAACUGGGUCAAAAACUCAGUCUGAAACUUAUCCAAAGGUAAGUCUCAAGCUAGUCUACGACUAAGUCUAAAAAUUAAAAAUAAGUCCAGAAUUGGUCCAAAACCAAGUCUGAAAAGAUUUUGUAAGCAAGUCCAAAUCCAAACCCAAACCUAAAACCAAAUACCAUACGAUGCCAAAACCAGUUAAAAACCAGUCCAAAACUAACUCCAGGUCCAAAGCUGCUAUCUUCUCCUCCGGCAUCAGGAAACGUCUUCAAAGCUUCUUCAAAUCCAAACGAAAUACAAUCAAAAGAUCAAACUAACCUCAUUGGUGCAUUCAGGAACGUCGGAAAUCAGAGUAUCAGUAAUGUAAAUUUUCAACGAAAAUUUUGGGUGGGGGCACACAGGGUGGCCAAUCAGAUCACCUGUGUGUGUGUGUGUGUGUGUGUGUGUGUGUGUGUGUGUGUGUGUGUGUGUGUGUGUGUGUGUGUGUGUGUGUGUGUGUGUGUGUGUGUGUGUGUGUGUGUGUGUGUGUGUGUUCUUGUACUUGCUACUUUGUGAGAACCAUUUUCUGCAUUUAACUAUCAAAGUGAGGACAUUUUUACAAAGUGAGGACAUUUUGGCCGGUCCUCACUUUGAAACAGCCAUGUUUGAGGGUGAAGACUUGUUUUUAGAGAACAGGUAUGAAUUGAGGUUUGGUUAGGGUUAGGGUAAGGAUUAAGUUUAGGCAAUCAGUUGUGAUGGUUAAGGUUAGGGUAAGGCUCUAGGAAAUGCAUUACGCCUAUGGAUGUCCUCACUAAGAAGUACAA